AUGACGAUCUGUACUUAUAACGCACGCACGCUUGCAUCGGAAGCGGCCAUCGAAGAUCUGAUGGUGCAAGCCAAAGAUAGAUCAAGAACAUGCGACAGUAGAGGUGUUGGUGGAGUUGGCGUCCUCGUCAACACGAGUAUGGCACAGAACAUCGACUCUUUCGAACAACUCACGACCCGAAUCGGACGUCUGCGGAUGAGAAGAUGUGGUCCCACACCGGCUUUGACUAUCUUCGUCGCUUACGCUCCAACAUCAAGCUACGAAGAAGAAGAAGUCGAAGCUUUCUAUAUGGACCUGGAGAAGUUUUACCGAGAAGAUCAUGCCUUUUACAAGGUCAUAAUUGGCGACUUCAAUGCCAAAGUUGGCCCAAGAAGAACGCCGGAGGAACUUCACAUCGGGACCCACGGCCUACAAUGGAAUGACCAGGGGGAGAGGCUUUCCGAGUUCAUCAUGACGACUAAGACCAUCCAUGGGAACUCGCAAUUCCAGAAGCCCUCCUCUCUACGCUGGACGUGGGAGUCACCCGGUGGAGGGUACCGUAAUGAGAUAGACCACAUCAUCGUCAAUAAAAGGUUCUGCCUGACGGAUGUCGCUGUUGUACCAAAGUUCUAUACGGGAUCGGACCAUCGCCUCCUCCGAGGAAGAUUUUCUUUCACGCGGAGAGCAGAGAAAGCCGCCAAGUUCAGCAAGAGAAAUCCCAGAACUACCAUCAACUGGGAUCUCUUCGCUACGUUAGCCGGCUUUUGGGAAGAUUCCGCAAUGGACAACAUCGACGAGGAAUACGACCGGCUUGUCAAACACCUUCAUGACUGCGCGAAGAAGGCUGAGAGUAUUAAAACAACCAAGAGACGCCUGUCUCUUGAAACUCUUGAGCUGAUACGCCAGCGUGGAGCAGCACGAGCCGCAGGGAACCAAGAGCUCACGUCCGAGCUCGCAAGGCUUUGCAGAGAGGCGAUAAAGAAAGACCUUAAAGAGAGAAGAGCAGAAGUGCUGGCUGAAGCAGCAGAGGCGGGAAAAAGCAUCCGCUAUGCCCGCCGAGACUUCGCCAGUCGCAAGACAAGGAUGACAGCUCUCCGGAAACCGAAGGGAACAACCAUUGCAUCGAGAAGGGGAAUGGAGAAAAUCAUCUACGACUUCUACUCUGAUCUCUUCGACAGCCGUGCCCACUUGCCUCCUCACCAUCUGAGGGAAGAUGGACAUGUCAUUCCAGCGGUUCUCCCGUCCGAAAUACGACAUGCUAUCAUGUCGGUGAGAAAUCGUACAGCAGCCGGUCCCGACAGAAUAAAACCAGAACACCUGAAGAACCUUCCGCCAGUACUCAUCAACACCCUGGCGAGGAUCUUCACACGUUACCUGUCGGAAUGCAAGGUCCCUAAACAGUGGAAGACCAGCAAGACCGUGUUGCUGUAUAAAAAGGGAGAUCCACAUGACAUCGGCAACUAUCGCCCAAUCUGCUUACUGUCCGUCAUCUACAAGCUCUUCACAAGAGUGAUCCUUAAUAGGAUUGAAAAGGUCUUGGAUGAAGGACAACCAUGCGAGCAAGCAGGGUUUCGAAAAGGAUUCAGCACGAUCGACCAUAUUCACACUGUUUCGAGACUCAUCGAGGUAUCACGAGAGUACAAGAUGCCGCUCUGUCUCACUUUCAUCGACUUGAAGAAGGCCUUUGACUCAGUUGAGACGGAAGCGGUCGUGGAAGCCUUGGACAACCAAGGCGUUCCCACUCAGUACAUAAAGGUGCUUCGAGAGUUGUACAGUAACUUCACGACCGGAAUCUCGCCAUUCUACAAGAAUAUCAUCAUUGACGUGAAGAGGGGGGUUCGACAGGGUGAUACAAUCUCACCCAAAAUAUUCACAGCCACCCUCGAGAACGCAAUGCGAAAGUUGGAAUGGGACGACAUGGGAGUGAAGAUCGAUGGUCGGCAGCUACACCAUUUGCGCUUUGCUGAUGACAUCGUACUGAUAACACCUAGCAUCAGCCAAGCGGAACGAAUGCUGACCGAAUUCGCCGAAACAUGUGGAUGCAUCGGUCUUGAGCUGAAUCUUCAAAAGACGAUGUUCAUGCGGAACGGAUGGAUCUCGGAUGCCCCAUUCACGCUCAACGGAACGAACAUAUCCGAAUGCACCAGCUACGUCUAUCUGGGUCGGGAAUUGAACAUGAUGAACGACCUGGCCCCCCGAGCUGGGCAGGAGGAGACGAGCGGCUUGGGGAGCGUACAAGAGCAUCGAGGACGUAGUGAAGAAGACCAAGAACACCCGGCUCCGUGCUCACCUCUUCAACACCACCGUACUUCCUGCUUUGACCUAUGCCUCAGAAACCUGGGCACUUCGCAAGCAGGAAGAAAACGCGGUGAGCGUCAUUGA